CUCAAACACAAAAUAUUGUUGACGGCGUCGAGACCAACUUGUUGUACGAUUGUUAAAUAAAAAGCUGUCAUAAUUUAGUACAUUUGUCGUCCAUAAAUGGCUCAGAGAAUGGAGGAAGAUGAACAAGGUUAUGAUGAAAGACGUUUUGAAGGAACAAUCAGCGAAGAUCUUUUCUGUUCUAUUUGUCAAGGAGUGCUCAGAAACCCUCGAACUUGCCAUAAAGAACAUGCAUUUUGUCAUUUCUGUAUUUCUGAACAUCUUCGUCAUUCCCACACGUGUCCUGAAUGCAGAGAACAUCUCACUCCAGAAACCCUGAAAGAUCCUCCGAGAUUUAUGAAGAACACUCUGGCAGCGCUGAAAAUCAAGUGUGGAUACAGCGAAAGAGGUUGUCCAGGCUUUGUCUUGCUUGAGAGUUUACAAAAUCAUGUUGAUAAAUGUGAUUUUGCACCCGUGACUUGCAAGAAUGAAGGAUGUGGAAUGGAGGUGAAUAAAAGAGAUAAAGAUCUUCACGAGAAAGAUCUUUGUGAGUUUAGAAUCGCCAAGUGUCACGACUGUAAGAAAAUAAGAGCAAGUCAAAGAGAAACUAUGGAAAAAGUUGAUGAGAUGAGACGAUCUCAAGCGAGGUUUGAAGCUGAGGUGAAACAACAGUUGGAAAGAAUGACGGAAACGAUGAAUCAGUUAUUGCAAGGAAACAAUUUAAACAACAACAUCAAUGGUGCGAGCGCUAUGGAACCAGCAAAUAUUCAAGAUGUUAAUAUUAUUGGUGGUUGGUACGGGUCAAAUGAUUCCGAAGUCUUAAACACAGUCGAGAAAUACAACAUAGUAGAAGGAAAGUCAACUCUGCUGCCAGGAUUGAAUCAUCCUCGAGCAGCAUCUGCAUUGUGUGUUUACAACAAUGACGUUCUUGUCGUUGGUGGUUUCGAUGGUAAAGUAGGAACUGACACGAUCGAAGUUUUGAAGAUGAACCAACAUCCUUUGCGAUGGACAAUGUUUGAUGGUAAACUGCCUGUCAAAUUAUAUAGUCAUGACGUCAUAGUUUAUCAACGAAAAUUAUAUAUAAUGGGAGGAUAUGAUGGGAAUGAAAGAAAAACAUCGAAUGCCAUUUAUGAGAUUGCUCUGACCCCAACUUAUACUGCCAAGCUGCUGAAGAAAAUGCCUGAGCGAAGAAGAUAUCACAGAGCAGAACUUGUUAAUGGAAAACUAUUUAUCUUGGGCGGAACAACAACCAUCUAUAGUAAAGAUGCUCUUGACAGCGUUGUUGUUUAUGAUUUGAUUAAGAAUAAGUUCAAGCCAUGUCCAUCGUUACCCCAGCCUGUUUGUUAUAUGUCCACAGUCACUUGGGGUCAUAUGAUUAUCGUCAUUGGUGGUGGGAAUAAAAAUGGCCAGGUAUUGAACGACGUCAUAAUGUACGACACAGAGACUGGGCGAAGCGAGAGACUGCCCUCCAUGAUUCACAAAAGGAAAGGUUGCUCUGUCGUGAUCAUGAAUGACGUCAUUGUCGUGUUUGGUGGAUGGAAUAAGGAGCAGGGAGAUCUCAACUCAGUGGAAUCUUUCACCAUUGGUGGAGAUGGCUGGAAAGAACUGCCAGGAAUGAUAGAAAAAAGACGCUGGGCUACUGCUGUAGUUAAACCUCACAACUGAAAAGAUUUCUCACAAACGGUAGUAAUUUCAAACGAUAAUAUCUACAAUUAUAUAUUUUGUGUCUAAUAUUUCAGUCAACCCUUGCACGAGAUGUAUAAAGGCGGUGAUACACUAUGCAACUUUCCUUGUAACUUGCAAUGCAAUUCUACUCCUGAGGCAUCUAAACUAGUCAAACACGAACAUUUCUUUCGAUCUGGUGACGUUUUCUUGGCAUUACGAACAUUCUUUACAAAUUAACAUCCCUCAAAAUUACUAUUGCAUUGCAAGUUGCAAGAAAAGU